AUGAGCUCUCUCUCUCUCUCUCUCUCUCCUUCACGACAGGUGGGUACGGGCUGGAACAAUGUAAGGAGCGAGUACGUGGCCCCUACCUCAGGCAUCUACUUUUUCACCUUCUCUGCCGUGUCUGACAGAAACACACACUUCAGAGUCAGUCUACGUCACAACGGACAGGACGUAGUGACGGCCUUCGGUGACGUCGGCGGCUACCAGAUGGGAAGUCAGAGUGCAGUACUGCGCCUCAACUCCGGAGACCACGUCCUCCUCCAACUCCAGGAAGGUCGACUCUACGAUGUCACCUCCUCCAGGGCCUAUACCACCUUCUCUGGCUUCAAGAUAGCUUAGUUUGUCAUCUUCACCUCAAGAUCCUUUACAGUACUUGUCAUCUUAACUCUGAGCUUCAAGACCUUCGACACACCUCAUACUUAACUCCAAAGCUUCAAGACUCAUAUAAUUUUUGUUACCGUAUGAACUGUGCAGGUGUGUUGGUAGAUGUGUAAACUGUCCGAGUGUGUUGGUAGAUGUGUAAGCUGCUUAAAUGUGCACAUCGUUGAGGAACUUUUUUGAAUUGUGUGCUCAUCCUUGGAGUCGUAAAAAAUUUUUUAGUGUGCACCUUCUUGGAAAAUUUUAUAAAUUACCCAGUGUGCACAUCUUUGGAAAUUAUGUGCACACCCUUAGAGUGGUUGCGAAUUAUGCAUUGUACACAGUACUCGAAGCUGUAUUAAUUAGGCAGCUUGUAAUCUCCCGCAAGGAAAAAAAUCUAAAUGUUUUCAAUUUGGAACAUGUACAUCGCCUUCAUGAACAGUAAAUAUAGCUAUAAGUGUCUAAACACUAGUUUACGAGUCAGUUUAUGACGUCAGUUUUGUAUUAUUUAAUCUACUUUUAUACUUUGUCCAAUAUAUUGUAUGUUGUGAUUGAUGCAAUAUCUGAAGCAACAUUUGCAAUCACAGACAAAUAUAUGAGUCAUUUAAAGAAU